AUGAUCCGCUGGGCAUCGCUUCUCGCUGCUGCUGCGCUGCUCGCUUCAGCCGUAGCCUUACCGCAUGAUCACUCAUCGGCCGAUUUGGUCGCAGGCUCGCUCGCCCAUGACUCCGUUGCUACGACGUUGGAAGUGAUCGACCGCAAGUCUGUCGCAUCAGAGAUGGAGCUCACCGAGCGCGCUGUCUUUGGGGACCACUACGCGGCCGAAUUCAAUGGCAUCGAGUCAUUGAGCGGCCUAAUCCUGUUCACCUUGAAGUUCGGCAUCCGCAUCGACUUGACAACAGAGGCCAUCGAGAUCAGUCAGCUCGAUGCAGCAGUCAGCGUUACUGGCUCGACCACGCAAAAUGUUCACAAGGGUCCGCCCGAUGUCCGUCGCAACGAAGUAGAGUCCUGCUGGACAUUCUCAAGUGGUGGCUGCGCGCCUUCGAUUUGUGUCUACUACCGACGUGGAUCCCCGACGAUCGACUACUUCCAUGCCCGCUCAUUCGAAUGCGCUGGAACCUCUAUCGUCCUGAACAGAUUGAAGCUCAACGACGACUUCUUGGAUGAGCCGCCCUUUCCGCCCAACGAUCAUGCUUAG